UACCGCCAUCCAAUAAUGAUGGGGGCAUUUCAUUUCUCUUGCAUUUUAGUAAUCAUUGCGGUUUUCGGUGUAUUACAAAUUAAAGCUUCAUCGAUUAAAGAAUACCAUCCGAUUAUAAUAAUACCGCCCGAACUAAACGCAACGGUUAGUGAUGGGAAAUCGCAUUUAAAAUCGGAUAUUUUAAAGAAUAUUUGUAUGAGUCGAGAUUUAGUGUGCAAGUCGAAUCACACAAAUGUCUGUGCCGCUAGAAAUAAAGAGGACAAGCUACAUUAUAAGGAUUUUGAAAAUUCAUGUUAUUUGUUUUUUAGUAAUAUUUGCGAAUAUGCCAAUGAAGAGUACUACAUCACUGCCGCUGGGAAUUGUACCGCCCAUUUGGAUUCACGUCGCCAUAUACAAGCCGCUAGCAGACCUCGCAGCACUGCGAGACCGGUGACUAAUGCCACGAAGACUGUUAGCAAUGGCAACCGAACUGUUGUGUCUCCGGGGUCCAACGGUACAGCGACUACUAGACCACACAGCACUACGACACGGGUGACUAAUGCCAUGCGGGUGAUUGUUCACAAGGGCAACCGAACUCAUUUGUCUCCUGGAUCCAACAGUACAGGUACGCAGUUUGAUACUUACUUAUUUCUUUUUUACAUGUUUUACAUGGCAAAACUCACUACUGAGUGGAGCCCGCUCAACGUCCACAUACGUCGCGGCAGGCCCAGAAGGAGAUGGCGGAACGAACUCAACAGCUAUGACAAGGAUUGGCCGCAAAAAGCUUUAAACAGAAUGGAGUGGAAGGAAGGUCUGCGCCAACAGGGACCUCCGGCGGAGAUACCAGACCACGUAGAGCGGUCGACAGACAACCAUGUCUGCCCGCGAGGGUGUGCCGAACUCUACCGCCCCAUGUGCAUGCUCGUCAACAGGAUGAGGGGGAAAUAUUUCAAAGUCUACUACUUCCUAAACCACUGCGAAGCCGAUAGAUUUGUCUGUGCGAAGUACGACGAAUUCGAGAUAGAGCCUGGUGCGGAGUAUGCUGAGGUGCACAUGUCGAAGCUUGACUGGGCCUUCUGCGGACAUACCGAAUACAUAAACUUCGCAAUAUUUGCGGAGUCUGCCGCCUCGAUGGGCCAUUACGGAUGGUUACAGGGUAAGCAAAGAUUCUCCCACAUUAUGGACCCUCACCAACGGCACCUCGGUCUACGUGGGUAACAAGAGCUACAACAUGGAUUAACAACGUUACAAAAUAAAAUA